AUGUCGCCGAAAAGUCGCCGAUUCGAUGUGGCGGUGGUUGGUGGGUGGCUUUCAUUCGGUCUCGGGCCUUUGGGCACCGGAGUGGUGGUGGAUGAGGAGGAGGAAGUGGAGGAAGUGGAGGAAGUGGAGGAAGUGGAGGAAGUGGAGGAAGUGGAGGAAGUGGAGGAAGUGGAGGAAGUGGAGGAAGUGGAGGAAGUGGAGGAAGUGGAGGAAGUGGAGGAAGUGGAGGAAGUGGAGGAAGUGGAGGAAGUGGAGGAAGUGGAGGAAGUGGAGGAAGUGGAGGAAGUGGAGGAAGUGGAGGAAGUGGAGGAAGUGGAGGAAGUGGUGGUAAUGGUGCUGGUGCUAACAGGGCAAGACACUACGGUAGAAGCAACAUCCUCCUCCUCCUCCUCCUUCUCCUCCCCCUCAUAA